GGCGGUAAGGGCUGCGGGCACGCCUCCUGCCGCUGCGGCCCCCUCAUGGCCUUCAACUUCGGGGCGGCGGCGGGCGCCGGGGCCUCCAACCCCAGCGGAUUUGGUGGGCUUGAAACCACAAACUCCACCGCCGGUGGGUUUAAUUUUGGGGGUUUCGGAUUAGCUGCUAAUCCCGCAGUGAAUUUUAAUAUUGGGAAUUUCGGUGUUUCUACUACCUCAACUCCACCAUUCAAUUUUGGUAACAGUCUGGCAAGUGCAGGUGCAUUUGGAGGAUUUGGGACAACCACUACCACUGCAGCGCCAGCAUUUAGUUUUUCUGCUCCCACCAACACAGGCACCAGCGGACUGUUUGGUGCUUCCCAGAACAAAGGCUUUGGAUUUGGUACUAGUUUUGGGACAGGAACUGGUACUGGCUUGGGUACUGGGUUGGGAACUGGGUUAGGCUUUGGAGGCUUCGGUACCCAGCAGCAGCAGCAGCAGCAGCAGACCUCAUUAGGAGGCGGUUUGUUCAGCCAGCCUGCUCAGACACCUGCCCAGUCAAACCAGCUCAUCAAUACUGCCAGUGCUCUCUCAGCUCCGACACUCUUGGGAGAUGAGAGAGAUGCCAUCUUGGCAAAAUGGAACCAGCUGCAGGCCUUCUGGGGAACGGGCAAGGGGUACUUCAGCAAUAACAUCGCUCCAGUGGAGUUCACACAGGAAAACCCAUUUUGCAGAUUUAAGGCUGUAGGUUACAGUUUAAUGCCCAACAACAAAGAUGAAGAUGGCCUUGUGGUCUUGGUCUUCAACAGAAAAGAAGUAGAUAUUCGAAGCCAGCAGCAGCAGCUCGUGGAAUCACUACACAAAAUUCUUGGAGGAAACCAGACCCUUACUGUCAACGUAGAAGGUGUUAAAACGAUGCCAGAUGACCAGACAGAAGUGAUCAUUUAUGUUGUUGAGCGUUCACCCAAUGGCACUUCAAGGAGAGUUCCAGCAACCACCCUCUACGCUCACUUUGAACAAGCCAACAUAAAAUCAUCCCUGCAGCAGCUGGGGGUCAGCUUCUCCAUGGCCAGAACAGAGCUCUCCCCAGCCCAAGUCAAACAGCUCCUUCAAAACCCCCCUGCUGGUGUUGAUCCUAUUAUUUGGGAGCAAGCCAAAGUUGAUAAUCCUGAUCCUGACAAGCUUAUUCCUGUGCCCAUGGUGGGUUUCAAGGAAUUGUUGAGAAGAUUGAAGGUCCAAGAUCAGAUGACCAAACAGCAUCAAACUCGCUUAGAUAUAAUAUCAGAAGAUAUCAGUGAGUUGCAGAAAAACCAGACUACAACUAUGGCAAAAAUUGCACAAUACAAAAGGAAAUUGAUGGCUCUUUCUCACAGAACGUUACAGGUGUUAAUAAAACAAGAGAUCCAAAGGAAAAGUGGCUAUGCCAUUCAGGCAGAUGAAGAACAGCUUCGUGUACAGUUAGAUAUAAUUCAGUGUGAACUUAACGCGCCAACACAGUUCAGAGGCAGACUGAAUGAGCUCAUGUCCCAAAUCAGGAUGCAAAACCACUUUGGAGCAGUGAGGGCUGAAGAGCGUUAUUACAUAGAUUCAGACCUCUUAAGAGAAAUAAAGCAACAUCUGAAGCAGCAGCAAGAAGGCCUGAGUCACCUAAUUAGCAUUAUAAAAGAUGACUUGGAGGACAUCAAACUGAUAGAACAUGAGUUGAAUGAGAGCAUUCCCAUGAGAGGAGGUUUCUUCAGUUGACGAGCAGGAUUCUGCUGGGCUCACGUGAAAUGUUAUUUGAGUUUAUCAUUCACCUUCCAAGGCCAAAACUGGUGAGGUAAAAUAAAAUGUGCAUCUUUCAGGA